AUGGUUUCCUUUGAUGUCACGUCCCUUUUUACUUCUAUCCCGCAGGACCUGGCAGUCGAGACAAUCGAACUACUCCUACGAGAGAAGUACGACGAAACGGAGAAUCGCCUCGGACACGCCCAAAUCAUCCAGCUCCUGAAGUUCUGUCUCAAGACGUACUUUACGUUCGACGGAACAAUCUACGAGCAGGUGAAGGGAACGCCGAUGGGUUCGCCGAUUUCGGGACUCAUAGCCGAGGCGGUCCUACAACGGCUGGAGUCGCUGGUUUUCCGACACCACAGACCGAAAUUUUGGGCUCGGUAUGUGGAUGACACCUUCGUCGUCAUCGAACGGGAUCAGGCGCUGACUUUCAAAGAACAACUCAACGCCGUCUUCCCGGACAUUCAAUUUACGAUGGAGGAGGAGGAAAACAAUCAGCUGGCCUUCCUGGAUGUCCUCGUCUGCCGCAAAGAUUGUGGUGGCCUAAAAACCAAAGUGUUCAGGAAAGCGACAAAUACGACACAAAUACUGAACUUCAAUAGCAACCACCCGAUCAGUCACAAACGUAGUUGCGUUAGGGCGCUAUACCGGCGUGUUGAGACGCACUGCAGUGAAAUGGAAGACAAGGUUGCUGAAUCACAAUAUCUUCGACGGGUAAUGAGAGCCAAUGGCUACCCGCGCAACUUUGUCAACCAGUGCAUACGAAAAGGACACCAGAGACCAAAUCCAACUAGCCCCAAAUUUUGGCGGGCUCUUCCGUACGUGAAGAACGUCUCGGAAGCCGUCAGUCGUCUUCUCACUCCACUUGGAGUUGGGGUUGCACACAGGCCGGAAGCAACCAUUAGGCGUCAACUCAUGAGGCCAGAAGACCCCCUGCUCCGGCAGGAAACGUCUGGAGUCGUUUACCGGAUCUGGUGUAGUUGCGGACAAAGCAAUUAUGUCGGAGAAACUGGGAGAUUACUCCGUACGCGACUUGCCGAGCACGCAACAGCAGUGAGGCGGGGAGACGCUAACUCUCAGGUGGCGGCACACUCGACGGGACCUGGACAUAUUUUCAAAUUUCAAGAGGCCGAAAUCCUCGCAAGGGGUGACAACCGCGUGAGCCGCGAGCAAAUCGAGUCAUGGUUCUCAGGUCUGCAAUCCAUCAACAAACACAAUGACCUCCCGGUGCCCUAUUCCGUAUUGCGAUUUUCCCUGGGCAGGAGAAUCAGUCACGUGGGGAGGGCGCGGGUGAGCAAUUAUCACGGUGACAGUGAGCCAGUUUGCCGAGCAAUCGUCACACCAGCAUCGAGCACGGAUGACGAAAUCGCGGCGAUUAACAACUCGGACUCGGACCGCCAAGCCACCGCCGCAUCAAUUACGACCCCAGCGGUGAUUGUGAGAACUGUUAAUUGCAGUGCGCAUACGGUCCCACGGCAGCCACGUGCUAUAAAUACUGCACUCCUGGUGCCACCUUCACCUCUAUCUGCGAAUGUCUCUGAUGAUGGAUUCGAGUGA